CUCAGCAUCUUAGUAUAGUAAGACGCAGUGUCAAGAUGAUUUCUCUCGUGUUUAAUUUGGCUUUAUUGAGUACUGUCGCAUGUAUAUAUAUUGUAAGACAUAGAGAAGACGUCAGCAUCGUCGGUGGUAUAGAUAUUGAUAUAAAAGAAGCUCCGCAUCAGAUCUCGCUACAGCUUUAUGGAAGUCACGCUUGUGGCGGUUCUAUUCUCGACAAUGAUAUAAUCAUCACAGCAGCUCACUGUUUACUAUUGUCGAACAACACUGAGGAUUUCACAAUCCGCGCCGGAUCGUCGAGUCACGACGAAGGUGGAGAAAGUACGCGCAGUAAGCAAAUUCAUCACCCGCUGACGUAUAGUGACGUCGUGAAGCCAAUAGAUAUGGCUAAUGCAGGUGAAGACAUACCUGAUGAAGAGGAGUGCUCUGUGACCGGGUGGGGAUUGUUGAAGGUAUUUUUUCCUAUUAUUUCAGGAGGUGUAUGUAUCCCCAAACACUUACAAGGAGUGGUGAUACUUAAGGUAAACGAUGAUAAAUGCUAUGAAGCCUACAAGCAACUAAACCCGGUCACUGAGAGGAUGGUGUGCGCCGGAGUGCCGCAAGGAGGAAAGAGUGCUUGCAACGGAGACAGCGGCGGUCCACUCGUCUACAACAACAAGCUGCAUGGCAUCGUGUCUUGGGGUUACGGUUGCGCUAAACCUGGCUACCCUACAGUUUUUAGUAAGGUCUCGGCUCUCAGAAACUGGAUCGAUGAGAACAUUGCUAAGUUAAAAUAGAGGAUAUGAAAGAUGAUUUAAAUGAUGGAAAUAACGAAUGAAUAACAAUGUGUGAUUAAUAGAUGAAGGAUGAAGGAGUCUGUCCAUUAAAAUAUUUAUACUAUGACCGGCUAGAACGUGUCAGGCAAAAACAUAUAUUUUGUAUUGAAAA